AUGUCUACCCUGCAAUACAUUCGCCCCGCACGAACCCCCUCCCUGCUCCGCCUCGGGGGUCUACGAUCGCGCAACAUCAACCGAUCGCCCAUACAACGACUCCACCCCAUCUCCCGCUCCCUAUACAGCUUGUCAAGCUCGAGCCACCUACGACCAAGCCAUAACCCGGCGAAUCCUUUCAGAGCUGAAACGAGAACCUUCACAGACCUCAAUAGCUCCUCCGGAAAAGCAGAAGCAGACCUCCUCGUCGAAGAACUACAGGAGCUGUACGAAGUCGCAAAAGAUGAAUUUGAAAUUGCCACCGAGAGCACCGACACAUCGACCAUCUACGCUGCAUCAGACCGCGAGUCUGCUCGCGAUGCCCUGGAUCAAUUGACUUCCGUGUACGGUCUCUACACAGCUAGUCCCGGGGAGGUUCAGAGUGAGGCGGCGUCGGAUCUCGAGGAGUUGAAGGAUGGUGCGAUUAUCGAAACCAAUUACAACCCUGCGGAUAUCUCGCAACCUGUCAAGGAUGAGGUGCGGAGACGGGUCGGGCAGCGGAUUCGGGAGUUGAGGAAUGCUGUCGAGCUUUUAGAACAAAGGGCUACGGAGGAGUGA